GGGGACUGGAUAAGGGGUGUCACGUGAGAGCACUUCCGUCUUUGCUUUUGGCCAAGACGCAGGCGCAACCCGCGGCUGCUGCGGGGAGCCUAGUGGCCCUUCCGGUUGCCACGGCCAAUCGGAGCACAGAGGAGCGGGGCGGACCGAGACGAGCGGAGGGAGCUCGGAGGGCUGCCGCUGCCGCCACAGCCGCGGCAGGGGCGUGGAGGGCGGGGGGCGGCUGUGACCGCGCUUGCAAACAUGGCUCAGAGCAGAGACGGCGGAAACCCGUUCGCCGAGCCCGGCGAGCUUGACAACCCCUUUCAGGACCCAGCUGUGAUCCAGCACCGACCGAGCCCACAGUAUGCCACGCUUGACGUCUACAACCCCUUUGAGACCCGGGAGCCAUCACCAGCCUAUGAACCUCCUGCCCCUGCUCCAUUGCCUCCACCCUCAGCUCCCUCCUUGCAGCCCUCGAGAAAGCUCAGCCCCACAGAACCCAAGAACUAUGGCUCCUACAGCACUCAGGCCUCAGCUGCAGCAGCCACGGCUGAACUGCUAAAGAAACAAGAGGAGCUCAACCGGAAGGCCGAGGAGUUGGACCGACGGGAACGAGAGCUGCAGCAUGCUGCCCUGGGGGGUACCACUACUCGACAGAACAAUUGGCCUCCUCUACCUUCUUUUUGCCCAGUUCAGCCCUGCUUUUUCCAGGACAUCUCCAUGGAGAUCCCCCAAGAAUUCCAGAAGACGGUAUCCACCAUGUAUUACCUCUGGAUGUGCAGCACUCUGGCUCUGCUCCUGAACUUCCUCGCCUGCCUGGCCAGCUUCUGUGUGGACAACAGCAACGGCUCAGGCUUUGGUCUUUCUAUCCUCUGGAUCCUCCUUUUCACUCCCUGCUCCUUCGUCUGCUGGUACCGCCCCAUGUAUAAAGCUUUCCGGAGUGACAGCUCGUUCAAUUUCUUCGUUUUCUUCUUCAUUUUCUUCAUCCAGGAUGUGCUCUAUGUCCUUCAGGCCAUUGGUAUCCCAGGGUGGGGAUUCAGUGGCUGGAUCUCUGCUCUGAUGGUGGUAAAGACCAACACCGCUGUAGCUGUGCUGAUGCUGCUGGUCGCCCUGUUCUUCACUGGCAUCGCUGUGCUAGGAAUUGUGAUGCUAAAGCGGAUCCACUCCUUGUACCGCCGUACAGGUGCCAGCUUUCAGAAGGCACAGCAAGAAUUUGCAGCUGGUGUCUUCUCCAACCCUGCGGUGCGAACCGCAGCUGCCAAUGCGGCCGCUGGGGCUGCCGAAAAUGCCUUCCGGGCUCCGUGACCCCUGACUAGGAUGGCCUGGCCCUGCCACUUGAGGGAGCGAACCUAGCUCCCAUCCCCGAGGCGCUGGGGCUUGGAGAGACGCCACUACUUGUUGGUUCCUCCAUAGUGCCCCCAACCCCACGGCCAUGACUGCUGAACCUGGCUUAGGGGUGCGUGGAGUCCACUGUGACCCAGUCACUGCUCACUUCCCCCAUCAGGCCACACCUGCUGCCACCCCUCACACACCCCAACCCAGCCUCCCUCCGCUGUGCCAAGGCUGUUGCUUCGGUUAUUUAAAUAAAAAGAAAGUGGAACUGGAACUCAC